AUGGACGAUGUGGGUCUGCAGUACGUGUCGCCCGUAUUGAGGGAGGUGUCCAACCUGGCCCGAGCGGCCAAGGCGUUCACGUCGGAUGCAGGAGAUCUUGGGAUGGUCCUGAAGCCGCCGAAGUCUGGAUGUAUCCCUGGGAACCAAAAGGUUUGGGGACAGCUCAAGAGGCACCUGGGAACCUUGAAGAUCCCGUACAGGGACCCAGAGCUCGCCCAGGUGCCCGAGCGGGUGGUUUUCGAGAGGCCCCAGGACCACGAGUUGCUCUUCUGCCAGAGGACGUCAGAGUAUCGCCUUGCCGAGGACCUCUUUCUGCGGAGUUCUGAGGCGUGGCUGGGUGUUUCGGAUUCUAGGGUUGCGGCGGCCAUCGAGCCGCUGGAGCAAGUGUCUGCUGCCAGCGGCUCGGCCGACGCCGACGCCAAGGGGUGCCUCGCCCUGGACGCCGAGGCCAUGUCCGAGUUCUUCGCCGUGGGCCCUCCGUGGGUCGUCAGAUUUCAGGACCUGCAGCGGGCCGCUCCGCUCUGGCAGGCGUACACGCCGCGGAUCCGGAGGCAGUACCGCCAGCUCAUUGCGGAGAUGUACGCCUACUCGCUGGCCCUCGCCUCCAUCGACGUGCGCCACGCGCUCUUCGACCACUUCGUCGUGAGCUACCCGAACGCACCAGUCGGCGAGCAGGCAUGGCCUUGGAUCGACGCCUCUGACUCCGACGUCUGUGGCCUGGCUCCAGAUCCAGCUGGCAGCCCGUUGCCCACGUUCCUGCACUACUGCGAGGUCUACCACUCCGAGGACUGGUACUUCCAGAAGAGGGACGUGCCGCACUCGGAGGUCCUGUCCUGCCAGGCGCCCCUCUUCGCGGAGCCCCCGGGGGACCUCCUGCGGAAGCGGCGCGGCGGCGCCGCAAACGACCCGUCGGACUGGGCGCGGCAGGCGGUGCGCCACGCUUGGUACCUGUGCAAGCUGCUCCCGACGCUGAACGAGGCGGUGGGCGCGGCGCGGGCUGCGCUGUGCCCGGAGGGCGUCUUCAACGCGACGAAGGGCCUGCGGGUGCCGCUGCCGAAAGGCGAAUUCUAUGCUGCCUUGAGCGAGUUCUUCAAAGGCAACACAUGA